AUGACUGUGACUUACACAAGUCAAGUGAGUUCCACGAAUAGUAGGUUCAGCAUAUUCGUGAAACUUCUAUUCAGAUGGAAAGCAAGCAUUUACAAGUUAAUAUGGAGAGAUUUAAUUGUUUUUUUAGCUUUGUAUUAUGCGGUUUACUUUUUACACAUUUACGGCUUUAACGAAGACGCUAAAAAAUGGUUUCAAAAGAUUGUGAUUUAUUGCCGCCAGUAUUACUCGUUGAUUCCUUUAUCAUUUGUACUGGGAUUUUACGUGGAUUUGGUGAUGAACAGGUUUUGGGAUCAGUACCAGUCCAUUCCAUAUCCAGACACUUUAGCUAUCAUAUUGAGCGCUAGUAUGCAGCAGCAAAGUGAACGAAGUCGUUUAGCGAGAAGAAGUAUAAUGCGCUACAUUUGCUUGAGUUUUGCCAUAACGAUGUCCAUGAUUUCACCAAAAGCUAAGAAGCGUUUUCCGAAAACCGAUCACUUCGUGGAAGCCGGAUUGAUGUUGCAAGAUGAAAAGAAGAUUUACGAAGAACUCGAAGCCCAAUCGGCUUCAAUCAAUAGUUAUUUGAUUCCGAUCGCCUGGGCCGCAAAUCUCGUGAUUAAGUCUCGGGAUGAAGGGUUAAUCACUUCCGAUAUCCACGUUCGCACUGUGACCGAAGAAAUUGCGAAGAUCCGCAACAAAUGCGGCGAAUUGUUGGAUUUUGAUUGGAUAUCAAUACCUCUUGUUUACACUCAAGUGGUAACUUUAGCUGUUUACUGGUAUUUUCUAACGACAAUUGUUGCGCAUCAAUUCGUCGAUGCGGAUACGGAUCUGCACUUUCCGUACAUCACCAUUCUCGAGUUUUUCUUUUACAUGGGUUGGUUGAAGGUCGCCGAAGCUCUGAUAAAUCCAUUCGGCGAUGAUGACGAUGACUUCGAAGUCAACUGGCUUAUAGACAGACACGUAAAUGUUUCUUAUCUUCUAGUUGAUAAAAUGCAUCAUCAACAUCCGACACUCGGCAAGGAUUUGUAUUGGGACUCGAUGGUUCCGCAGCAUCUUCCAUAUACCGUAGCCUCUGAACAAUAUAGCGACAACAUGCCUAUCGCAUCCACCGACAAAAUCAUACUAAAAUCAGCCGAAGAAGAGAUCAUCAUUGAUUCGACGGAGAAUCUUCAAGAUAAUGAUGGAAAGAAAAAGAAAAAGUCAUGGAUACGUAGAUUAUUUAAGAAGCGAUCUGAAAGAUUGAAGCACAGGCCAAUUAACCAAUCAGAUUACAUCAUACAAAACAUGGAUGGUAUUGCACAGGAAACUUCAGCGAAAGCGCCUGAAAAUAUUGAUGGUCAAGAUGCUUCCGCUUCUUGUGAUGAUGAUUCGUUCGAACGUCUGAAAGCUAUAAGGCAAAAUCAAUUGCGCUCGAAGAUAAAGAAAUACGUCACCCUCAUGAAAUAUCAGGGCGAUGGUAAAGUGGAUGAAGAUGAUUCUUUAAUUGAAGAAAUUAUAAAUAAUUGAUUAAUAGUUUCUGUUACAUUAAUAAUAAAUGACAAGUAUUAAGUUGUCAAUAAGUUAAUU